ACUUGAGUUGCUGGCUCGACCUGUUUUGGACAGAAGUCGAGCGUCAGGUGGUUCAGUGUUGUCCGACUCGAACUUUACUUGAAUGUAGGAACUCCACAGUCAGUGCAAGUGCUACGGAGCUAGCAGGCAGAUGGCAAAGGAGUCUUGACCUGUUGCCACUAAAGGAUUGGCGUGGCUUUUCUGCUUGCCUUGGUGCUCUAGUUUCGUCGAGAGCCAGUGAUUUCCAGUUUAUGCAGUAGGACUUGUUAGUUUUGAGUUUUUGGACAACUGCUCAGUCGCCAUGCCGGGUGGAAAGAAGAAGAAAAAGGGAAAGAAGGGACCACACGUUGUGCACCAGAAGAAAAGAGUGUUUCGGGCAAGUGAGCCUCUUCUCAGCGUGUUUAUGUGGGGAAUAAACCACUCAAUAAGUGGUUUGAAUCAUGUUAACGUCCCCUCUCUGCUCCUGCCGGAUGAUUUUCGUGCCUACACCAAAAUUAGAAUUGAAAAUCACCUCUACAACAAGGAUAUCUUUCCAGGAAAGUACAAGUUCAAAUCGUACUGUCCCCUGGCCUUCCACGAUCUGAGGAAGCGCUUUGGAGUGGACGAUACGACGUUCAUGAACUCUCUGACACUGUAUGAGCCCCAGCCAACGGACAGUCCUGGUCGAAGUGGUGCAAAGUUUUAUGUGAGCCAUGAUAACCGUUUCAUCAUCAAGACCAUUCUGAGCGAAGAGGUGGCUCUCUUUCACCAGAUCAUCGUGCAGUACCACCAGUACGUCGUGGAGAGCGAGGGGAAAACCCUGCUGCCUCAGUACCUGGGCAUGUACCGUGUCACGGUGGGCAGCACCGAGACGUACAUCCUGGUCAUGAGAAGUAUUUUCAGUUCAACGCUCUCUGUCCAUAGGAAAUACGACCUGAAAGGCUCCACGUACACACGCUCAGCUUCCGAUAAGGAACGCGCCAAGGAUCUGCCAACGCUCAAGGACAAUGAUUUCACAGGAGAUGGCAUGAAGCUGACCGUCGGAGCUGCGAACAAGGAGGAGAUACUUGGGCUGCUCGAGGCCGACACCAACUUUCUGACUGGCUUGAAGUUGAUGGACUACAGUCUACUGGUGGGCAUUCACGAUGCAGAGCGGGAGCAACAGGAGGCGGUGAAGCGCCAUGAAGCUGACGAGGAAGAAGAGGCAGCAGCGACCGGCGGUUCUGGCGAGGAGACCUGCGACGAGGAGUUCUCCGGUGAGGAGCACGGCACCGAGACCGAGCCAGCAGCAGGAGAGCGCGGCGAGCGAGGUGUGGCGUUUGCAGUGCCGCGCGUGUUGCGUGCACCGAACGCCGUCGUCGUUUCGAGCAGCGAGGACGUGAAGCGUGCGGCCACUUUGGAUUACUAUCCGAUCGUGAAUCGUCAAAUUGAUUACUAUGCCUUUGCACUGAAUCACCUGGAAGCGCGGCCGUCUGUCGUAAGUGGUGAUGGUGCUGACGGUGGUGCCGCGUCGUCCAUGGUUGCAACGUCGGGCGAGGCCACCAAGGCAGAGGCGUCCGACACAGCAGCUGCGAGCGCCUCCGGCAGCCCCACAGCUGCUGCGGCAUCAGCAGCCGCCGCUACAUCUGAGGCUGCUGCUGCCACCGCUGGCGCUAUCUCCCCUCGUGAUCCGGCUAGUCGUACGGAUAGCGGCAUACGCGGUGGCAAAGUCUACUACCUCGGCCUGAUCGACGUUCUCACGCACUACGGUCCACGCAAGAUGGCGGCUCACACGGCCAAAACCGUGAAGCAUCGCUCCGAUGAGAUCUCCACCAUCAAUCCUAAGGCAUACGCGCAGCGCUUCGUGGAGUUCUUAGAUCGCCAUAUCCUCUAGUGAGUGCCUGUGGCAUCAGCUUUGUGCCGCCGGUAGUUUGUCCGAGUGUGUGUGUGUGUCCAUCACCCAUUGUGUGUUCCUUUCCCCAUGUACCGCUGUCUAAUUCCAGCGUCCGUCUGUGUAUGCCUUGUUUAGUUUGUCGUACCCGUAUGCCAUACUUUAUUCCUUGUUUGUGCUGUUUGUGGUUUAGUCGUGCCUGCCCGCGCGCAGCUUUCCUUCAUGAGUUGCUGCAGUUUUGUUCUCUGUUCUAGGUCUGUCACCUGUCUUUGCCGCGUGUGUUUGCUGCGGCACUUGCACUCGUGUUGCUGUUUUAGGUAUGUUUUGCUUGACUUUUUGGCUAGGCGUUUAUCGAGCAGUUCUACUAGGUCUCCGUUCUCACUCCCAUAUCCCUCUUAUCCUCCUCUUAUUCCUCCCUGCUACUUGUUAUACACAAUCCAUGUUGAAUUUGGUUUUAUUUAAUCGUUUUUGGACCUCCCUGCCCUGUAGCCCGGCUCACGUAUGACACUCCCCCCCCCCCCGUGCUCGCAACUUGAGAGUAAACGGCGCUUUAAUCAGCGGUACGUCGACUUGUUCACGAUAUCACCUCUCGUCGCUCGUCCUCUCUCUCCCUUUUACGUUCCCGCCGCUCUGCGUGAGUUGCCCUAGUAACCAUGGUGUCUGUGUACUUGCUAUAGUUCUCUUCCCCAUUACUGCCUCAGACCCACGCUCAUCUGCCGUGAGGAAUAUUCAUUCUGCCUCAAAAAAAUUCCGCUACGCAUACACAGUACUCCGCCACGCGCCAUGAAAAUUAAUGAUUUCCACAUUUCCUGUUCCCUUUUUAUGUUCUGUUUGCCUCGAUUUUGGAGGAGGGUGUCCGCGAUCAUCUAGCAGUGUUUUUGAUUUUUCUUUUGGUGCCAACGCUUUCUUUCUGCAUUUCGGGAAGAAUUCUUAUUGCUGAUUCUUGUCAACAAGACUUA